AUGGAAUUUGAAUUGGGACUGAGAAUCAGUAGAACCCCAGAUGAUAAUGCGUCCACCCACCUUCGGAUUGCGAAUGAUGGAGCCGGCCAUGAUCUCUUCUUGUCCAGAGAGACACAGACCAUGUUCAUCCUUACAGCCCAUCUCAAAGGUUUCAGAAGAGAAAGCAUCGAGAUCAAGAUAAAUGAAGACGGGUCUCAGAUUGAAAUUAGUGGCGAGAAGCCAGACGUUCAAGAGACGGUGAAGUUGGGAAGGAAAAUGUACAAGAAAGAAGUAGAGAUGAUGAGAAAGUUCAGAAAGGUAUUCGGAAUUCCGGAGGGGGUGAAUUUGGACAGAAUCAAGGCAAAGUUCAAUGAUGAAGAAGCCACUUUGACAAUUCUCAUGCCCAAGUUAGCAAGAGGAGGAAUUCGCGGGGUUGGGAUAAAGGAAAUGGCAUCGCACACGACGACAGAGACCACACUGGAGGAGGUUCCCGAAACAGAGAGCCAGCAGAGAGACGCAAUAAUAUUGCAGCGAGAACCCAAAGAAGCAGCAGAAAUUAAAGACCCAGAAGAGGAAAUUGAUCAAUGUGAGAAAGAAACAGGAGAUCAAAUAAUCAAUCGUGAUGCAGAGGAUGAAAUUAUGGGUGCAAGUGCAGCAUACCCUGAAGGGGAAACAGCUACUAGCCAGGAAGAUAUGGAAGGGGAAGCUGCUGAUCACAGAGAGCUUGAGCGAAGUGCGAGAACCAGUGAAGUAACCAGAGACAAACAGCUUGUUGGUUUGAAAGAGGAGAAGACUGAAAAGGAAAUUUCAGCAGCAGAAACUGUAGAGGAGGAAGUGAUUCAUCCAUCCCAAUCACCAAAGCCAGCAUCAUCAGCUUAUAUUAACAAAGAAGCAGCUGAAGAAGAAGAAGAAAUUGGGGAAUCAGUGGCGGAAGGGGAAUCGCAGAAGGCUGUAAAAGGUGCAGAAGAACCACGCGAUGAGGAAGAAACUGAGCAGGCAAUUAGGAAAGUGUGUGCCGAUGAGCAUACCAAAAAUGAAGGUGCUGGCGCAGAGGAAAUAGAAAGUGAAGAUGGAGGAGAAGGAAGUGGUGAGGCAGAAAAGGUUGCUCCUAGAGAGAAUAAAGUUGAAGAGGGAGAUGAGGGUGGAGUUGAAGAGGGAAAUGAGGGUGCGAAAAAGGAAGGCCCAAUUAGUGAUGAAGCAACUCCAGCGAAGCAUCCUCCUUCAAUAAGGGCAAAGCUGUUUGUGGGAUCGGCAUUCCUUCUUUCGCUUAUAGCCAUUGUGGUCAGUUUUAUUAAGGCUAAAAAAAGGUGAAUACAAUAGGCAUCAUGGCUGUUCUGGUUUUCUCCUUUCCAUUUUUUCCUUUUAUUUUUUUAUUUUUUUUAUUUUUUUUUAAGUUGUUGCAGCUAAUGAAUUAUUUCGUCCUACACAACAGAAAAAAUUGAGGGGGAGGGGGGAGGGGAACAAUUUCCCAUAUAUGCUUUUAUGUUUACAGAAAAUGAUGAUGGAAAAAUGGAUUUGACCUGAA